AUGGGACCCACGCUGCCUCCCCGUCCCAUUGUCUUCACGUCUUAUCACCCACCAGCUAGCAUGGCAUGGGUCAUGCAUGAACGAUUCCUUGCCAGUACCCUCAUUGAUGAGAGUGCUUUUGCCACCGUGAUCCCAGACCGUCAAGCACGUCUCUCAAUGCCGUAUUAUUCAAGCUUUUCGACCCCAUAUUCUCAGACACGUACUUUUGUACGUAUGCAGACUGCGCCAGAUGGCUGCGGCCAUGCAGCAACCCCAAAGGCCACCAUCUUUUGGCAUCUGUGGGGCAUCCAGACUUCCAAGUUCCGCGUCCAUGGUUAUGGCAUGGCACCCGACAUCGUGGGCUUGCUAGUCCUAAACCUGGGAGGCAUGCCCCGACUAGAGCUGAAGCCGUCACUUCGCCUCGGGCUAGCACCCCAAGCAGGGGUUUCAUCCGGAAUCCUUGCUCCAAGCUGCAAGGUUGCAGGCUCCUGA